UCUAAAAUCCUUAGAAAUAAAAAAAAAUAUAUAUAUAUAUAGACACAUAAUAGUGUCAAAUUUAUAGAUCAGCAAGGUCAAAAUCGUCAAGUAAGUGCAAAUUCGGGAACACAGCGGGACUUUAUCCUGGUUCCCUCGACGGCAGAGAGAGAGAGUACAACAUAUUUCAAAGCAAAGAGAGUCUCCACUCUCCACCAGAAAUGGUGGUCCAUCUCAGUCGUCCAUUUCCCUCUUUCACUGCCCAAACUCGGUCCGCCACCAAAUCCAGACCGUCCAUUAAAACUACAAUUUCAUGCUUCGCUCCAAACCAUUCAGUGAAGUUUAAGAGGGACUACACGAGCGUAAUGAUAGUCCCAACCGGGAUAGGAGCUGCAAUUGGUGGGUACGCCGGAGAUGCUUUGCCUGUGGCUCGCUCUCUCUCCUCCGUCGUCGAUUGCCUCAUCUCUCACCCCAACGUGCUUAAUGCAGCAAUGCUCUAUUGGCCUAUGCCCAACACGUUAUACGUUGAAGGUUAUGCUCUUGACCGCUUUGCAGAAGGGUUGUGGGGUCUACAACCUGUCCAUCAAAAUAGGGUGGGGCUGGUUCUUGAUGCUGGGAUAGAGGAAGAUCUUCAACUUCGCCAUCUACAAGUUGCUGAUGCUGCAAGAGCUUCCCUUGGAUUGCCUGUGGUGGAAUACGCCAUCACUGAUACCCCAUUAGAGGUAGAGAUGUGGGUUGAUCCAAAGAGUGGGCAAUCAGCAGGGAGAAUUAAGCACCCUGGUUCACUUUUGAGAGCUGUGCAGACCUUAAUUAGUCGAUCAAAAGUGAAUGCUGUUGCAGUUGUUGGACGAUUCCCAGAUGAUGAUCUUCAAGAAACAGAUGAUUAUCGACAAGGGAUGGGAAUUGACAUAUUGGCAGGAGCUGAAGCGAUUAUAAGCCAUCUUGUGGUGAGGGAAUUCCAUAUUCCAUGUGCACAUGCUCCUGCUUUAGCGCCCCUUCCCCUGAGCCUAACUCUAUCUCCAAAAUCAGCUGCUGAGGAGUUGGGAUAUACAUUCUUGCCAUGCGUGCUGGCUGGUUUAAGUAAUGCACCACAAUAUAUUAAGAAUUCGGAGUCCAUGGACAAAGGUUGCAUACUGGCAAGCGAUGUUGAUAGUGUUAUCCUCCCCGUAGAUGCUUGUGCAGGAGAUGGUGCUCUUGCUUUUGCACAAAGGAAUAUAAAUAAGCCGCUUAUUAUAGUUGUGGAGGAAAAUGAAACAGUUCUUAGUGAUACACCAGAUAAUCUUGGGAUUGAAGCGGUUAAGGUGUCAAACUAUUGGGAAGCAAUCGGUGUUAUUGCAGCUCACAAGGCCGGAGUAAACCCUCACUCUCUUAGAAGGAAUGGAAUUAAAAAUCUUCAACGUGCUCCUCUUGUGCCUACUAACGGUUAUGCAGUCUCAAGCACCAGACCUGUUACCUGAACAAAAUCUGGAUGACUUUUGGUGGAGGCGGAAUGGAUGAAUCUCAUGACUUUCUAAAGCAACUUUCUGACCUUUAACAAACAGGAAAUCUCCGUAGACGUUGCCAUCUUGAAUUAAGAAAAAAGAAAAACAUGACAGGAAGGACCAAUAUCAGAUAAUUACUGUGAUUUGCGAGGUUAGUUGGAUUUAUCUAUUUGCUCUAUUUUUUAACCCUGAUCCUUUGAUGGAACAUUAAACUACAAGUCAAUGCUUGUUUCAUGUGCAAUCAGGCAAACAUAAGUUUAUUCCACAUCUUGCACACUGUUUGGCUGGUAUUGACCCUCAAAAAUCUUGGAUUGGAUAUGUUGCUGAAUAUUUGUCUUAUAUAUUUCUACCAAUAAUAUAUUUGCUUAAGGCACUUUCUGAGCCCUGAAAAAUUCUCUAUACUUUGCUCUGUAUUUUCAUGGAAAGAGUUCAAAUAAUUUCGUAAUUCUUUUUACUUCUAAAA